AUGACGGCCAAGGACAAGGAUGAAGUCUUGGCCGUGGUGAACGGCUUCCUCGAGUCAUUUUCCGGUACCAAACCUCCCUUCCCCGACACACUCAAAUACCUUGUGCCUGGGGCUUUAGCUGUCCUUUCACGUCCGGACGGACUGGUCCAGUGCACAUUGGCGGGCCUGGUCGAUCGCUUAGAAGAACUGAUCUCGAAGAUUCACCAGUCCGGUGGCGCCUCCGUCAGCGAAGUUCUGGCACAUCCUGGGCCGGACAUAUGGGUCCACGACAGGCUUGCGGCUGUCUGGUCGGGCUUUUCCGUCAACGUGGACGGUCGGACAAAGUCGUCAGGUGUGUGCGCAUUCACGCUGGUCAAGCUCGACGACGGCUGGAAGAUCGCGGCCAUCGCAGACACGCAUUUCAGAGAUGACGAAGCGCCGCCCGUACUCGUUGAAGAGGCUUCGCCCGAGUUGGUGGGGCCUAUCUUGGAGUCGAUGCGUCUCUUGAACGAAAAGAAAUGGGACGAAAUGAUGAGGCCGCGGCUAGCCGGCGGCGGCGCAACUAUUGCGAGAUCUCCUCGCUCGCUAACAACCAUGCUGUGGCCAGAGCUGGACGAGAAGAUGAGGUCCAUGUCCGAGCGUGCUCCGGGCUAUGUGGAGCAUAAGGUGGUUGGUUCGGAAGGUCGGAUGAUGGGAGAUUUGGGGUUCGUAUGGUCCCAGUUCACUGUCACGUUGAACGGCGAACUCAGGAUCACUGGCUAUACCGCCGACACGCUCUUGAAAAGGGAUGGCAAAUGGCUUCUCAGUGGGGAAGUUGAUGGCUAG